AUGAAACAGGAAGCAUGGUGAGCUGAGACUUGUAAAACCUUGCUCAGCCUGUUCUUCCUUGUUUUUAUUUUGGUCACAUGGGUGCAAAGCUUCAGAUGAGACUUUUGGUGCGCUUCUUGUUUUGCUUAAUUAAGGUUGAAGAACUCUAAAAUUGCCUGUUUUCUUUUUGAAGAUGGCAUACGCUCUUUUAGCAGUCUUAUCUGCUGCUAUCAGUGUGACUUACUGCUACGCCGCUGCUUUUCAAGACCUGGGGGGGAAUGGCAGAAGCAGGACAUCCAUUAAGUUUCUGGCUGUAGGGGACUGGGGUGGAUUGCCUUACCCGCCGUAUAUCACUGCUGUACAGAAGACCACAGCUCAGGAAAUGAGCAAAGUUGCAGAGCGGAUGGGAGCUGAUUUUGUCCUGGCUCUCGGUGAUAACUUCUACUUCAAAGGCGUAGACAGUGUGGAUUCCCCUCGGUUUCAGGAAACCUUUGAGUCUGUCUACACUGCAAAGUCCCUCAGAGUCCCUUGGUAUGUUCUGGCCGGUAACCAUGACCAUGCAGGGAACGUCAAAGCUCAGAUCGAGUACUCUCAAAGGUCUGACAGAUGGAAGUUUCCUUCUUAUUACUACGAGCUGAACUUCCGCAUCCCCAACACAGGAAAGACCCUGACUAUCAUCAUGCUCGACACCGUGAUGCUCUGUGGAAACUCGGACGACUUCAUGGAUGAGAAGCCCAGAGGGCCGCUGAAUUCAAUGGAUGCCAACCGUCAGCUGGUCUGGCUGCAGGAGAGGCUUGCUCGGUCCAAGGCGGACUUCCUGUUGGUGGCGGGUCACUAUCCAGUUUGGUCCGUGUCUGAGCACGGCCCCACGGAGUGUCUACUGCAGAGGGUUCACCCUCUUCUUAUUAAGCACAAUGUGACGGCCUACCUGUGUGGCCAUGACCACAACCUGCAGUACCUGGAAGAGUCUGGUGUGGGUUACGUAGUGAGCGGCGCUGGAAACUUCUUGGAUCCAGAUGUCCGCCACUGGAACCACGUCCCAAAGGGCUCUCUGAAGUUUUUCACUGGUCAGGCCUCGACUCUUGGGGGCUUUGUUCAUGCAGAGGUCACAAAGAGCAAGCUGAUCCUAACCUUCUUCCAGGCUAAAGGCACGUCUCUGUACCGUACUGUCCUUUCCCAGAGGGAGUUCAAAUAGGUGUUCAGCCGAGAUUAUCGUUUAUCCUGAGGAUUCAUCUACAGUAUCAAAUCAGAGAAGGUUGAUCCUACUUUUAACUUUUCCUCAAAAUUUUCAGUGCUUUAAUUUUUUUUUAAAAGAAAUCAAUGUUUUAUCUGAAUUUGUUGUAAGCUAAAAUAAAUUUGUUUUGUACAGUGUGGUCUUGCUUUCUUUGGCAGUUUCCAAAGAUUGUAUUUUCCAGAGCUUCGUGGGGUUUGGUAAAAAUGACAGAUGCUAGUAGAAAUCUUUAUAGCUUGUGCUUUUCUUUUAGCUGCUCUGUGUGGGUGUGCACCUGAGUGAGGACCACUUUUCAUAUCCUCUGCAGCUAAGUGAUGACAUUUUCUGUGGUUUUGUUAAACCAAAAGUCUAAAACUAGGAGGUAAGGGACCGAUGCAAAACUGGACUGGCCAAACCAAAUUGCAUUUUAUUUUGCAAACAUUUUUUCAUCCUCACUUUUUUUUUUCCCUCCCUUGUGUUUUUAUUUACUUCCUGUCUGUCCUUCCUUGUUCCUCUGUUUCUUCCUCUUUCUUCAGUCUUCUGAAGAACUCCUUCCCCAUAUUUUCCAUCUUCCACAGGUCUUGUGGCAAACUAAAUGGGGCUAGCUUUGGAGUUUUUUUCAAAGCUGAGGAUCUCUGCAGGUCCCCCAGAGUUAGCCUGGUAUUUUUACCCAUUUUUCUGUUUUACGAUCUUCUUGCCCUACAUGUAUAUUUAAAUGGCAAUUGUGUCUUGGGUUGUCUCUAAAUAUGCCGUAUUCUCUGCAUUUUUUAGAUGGUGUAUUGAACGAGGCUCUGUCAGAUGCUUUUAUUUUGGGUCACUGUUUCAGAAAAGGUUUUAAACUGCUCUACAAUUUUCCAGUGUGUUCCAUAUGAUCCUGUUUCUGCUCACUCUUCUCUAAUAAACCUGUAAGGGCUUCACAGAACAUUUGCAUUCAUUAUAUUAAAAUGACCCGGCUGAACCGCACUGAUUAAUAUCUGCGUACAUCUGGUU